AUGGUUAGUAACACUGAAAUACAAGCUGAGGCGACAGGCACAGAUGAUGAAAUCCGAAUGAUUCUGCUCAGUACAACUGGCACAGGCAAAAGUUCAGUCGGUAAUACUAUUCUUAGUAGAAAAUUGUUUGAAGCAAAAAUGGCCCCAGUUCGUGUCACAACGAAAUGUGCUUCUGGUGCACGAAUCUUUGAAAAUAAAAGGCUAUUUAUUGUUGAUACACUUGGAUUUCUUGACUACAGCAUAAAAGAAGCAGAUAUCCAGCAAGAAGUUGCUAAAUCGUAUCAAUUAACAGCAGUUCCUGGACCGUAUGUUUAUUUACUCAUGGUUGAGCCAGGGAGAAUGCUGGCUAUUGUACAUGAGACAACUGAUUAUCUUAGGAAAAUCUUCGGCCCGAAAGCAAUCGAUCAUACGAUAGUAAUCUUCACUCAUGGCGAUGAAUUGGAGGAAGAAGAAACUACAUUAGAUGACUAUCUAUUACAAUUUAAAUCUGAUUCGCCAAUUAGGAAACUUCUUCAACAAUGUGACCAACGUUAUUUAAGCUUUAAUAAUAAGGGAAAGGACGCGCAAAAGAAUGAAGCUGUUAGAAAUUUACUCAAACGAAUUGAAGAUAUGAUGUCGAAAAAUCCUGACAAAGUGUAUAUAAAGGACGUAUUUGAGGCUGUUGCCAAAUAG